GAACCGCAAACCACCAACCGCAGAGAGAGCCACGCCACACUUUCUUGGCUUUCAAAAUAGUCCGAUCAAAUUGUACGAUUCCAAACCCGUCCUCACACUCCAAAUUAUUAAGGACGCUGCAGAAACUUCCUUUGAUCCGAACAACUCCUGAGAACUCCGAUUUUCGCUUUACGUGGUAACGUGAUGGUGAAGAAAUCGGCCGAGGAUGCUUCUGCUUCAGUGCCACCGUUUCUGAAGAAAUGCUACGAGAUGGUGGACGACGAGGCCACAGACUCCAUCAUAUCGUGGAGUCAGACAAGUGACGGCUUUGUCAUCGGGGACAUGACCGAGUUCUCGGUCCGGUUGCUUCCUAAAUAUUUCAAGCACAGCAAUUUCUCCAGCUUCAUGAGGCAACUCAACAUCUAUGGUUUUAGAAAAAUUGAUACAGAUCGCUGGGAAUUUGCAAAUGAUGGAUUUGUUCGUGGUCAAAAGCAUUUGCUCAAGAAUAUCGGUAGAAGGAAAAAGUUGCAGCAGCCUGCCAACUCUGAUGGAUCAUGGGAAAAAAUUCAAAACUUAGGCCUGUGGAAGGAAAUCGAGAACUUAAAGACAGAUAAGAAUGCUCUUAUGCAGGAGUUGGUCAAACUUAGGCAGCACCAAGAAACUUCAGAUAAUAAGUUGCUCCUCUUGAGAGAACGUCUUCACGGGAUGGAAAAGAAUCAGCAGCAGAUGCUGUCAUUCCUGGUGAUGGCAAUGCAAAGCCCUGCGUUUUUAGUUCAAAUGCUUCGGCGCAUGGCGGAAACAGCCAGUAUGCUAGAUGUAGGUACAGAGGAUGUUAGAUCAGUUGCAUCUGAUGGGAUGAUAGUAAGGUACCAGCCACCAGUGGAUGAAACACCCAAGUCUGUGCAGACACGAAACUUUAUUUCAGAAAAUCAAGAAGUUGAUCCUUCUCCUGAUGGGUUGAAAGAUUUUCUCCUGAAUGCUGAUUUUUUUAAAAUGCUUACAGAUGAAAAAUUGUGUUCCUUGGAUAAUCAUGCUCCAUUUAUCCUACCAGAUUUACCUGAUGAUGGUUCAUGGGAACAGCUUCUUUUAGCCAGUCCUUUCUUAGAAAAUACCGAGGAUGGAAAGCUGGAUAGUGAAGAGCACAAUGAUUAUGAGCUGGAGAUGGAAACAUCAGUGUCUGGAAGCCAGCUUGAAACAUCCCGAGAAUUUGAACUUCUGAUUGAACAAAUGGAGAAAUCACAGACCUUGGGAAUGGAAUAAUCAGUUUAUUAAAAAAACUCAUUUGGAGCAAUGGCAAAACUUGGAUUGCAAUUGGGCAAAUAGGACUUUUUGUCUUCUGAAGUCUGAACCUUGCUUUUAGUUCGGAAUAUAAUAGAACAUGAGUACGAC